AUGCCCUCGAAAGUUCAGCGGAGCCCGAUGAGACCGGUCCUAGUAAUGUACAACCGCCUCCUAACCCACAGAGGAAGCCAGCUGAAUCCAGAUCUGGCCUCCGCCCCUGCACGGCAGCUUCAGCGUCUUCGGAAUCUUCUUCUACAACACCCAGUGUUACUUCUGUUUCUGCCAGCCCUGCUUUUGGUGGGCAUUAUACCGUUGUGCAAGACCUACCGGUGCGAGUCGCCACCAUCGCCUGUUACCGAUAGCUCGGAGAAGAAGUCUCGAUUCACUCCCCUUACUCAAACCACCUCUACGAGCGUCUUGUUGAGCCCACGCGACCAGAGCAUUCGCGUCGAAGGUCCGGGCGCCUAA